AUGUUACUACAAAUGAAAGUGUAUAUGAUUUCAGUAUUAUAUUUCUUUGGAAUAUUGUUUAUAUUACUUUUUCCACCUAGAAAUUUUGAGCAAUCUGGCGCCAAAAUGAGAAACGUUCGAAGUACAGGCAGUUCUUUGAAAUACAUGGAGUAUUUUGACGAAAAGAACAUUAUAGAAGUCACAAAUAGAAUGGGUCUUGAAGAUCCAGAAAUGGUUCAUGUUGUACAUUUGUCCCCUCGCACUUUACAUAAUAACACCAUCGUAGCUUUGGAACUCCGCAGUGAUAAGCAUACUAGAAAGCCGGGGAUACUUGUUAUCGGCACACUAAAUGGAAUGGCAUGGGGAGCUCCAAACUCCAUCAUAGAACUAGCCGAAAAGUUGCUUUAUGAUGCAAAUUAUCAAACACCCUUCUUCAACGAUUAUGAUUGGUACCUCAUUCCACUUGUCAAUCCCGAUGCUAUAAAUUUCACGAAAUCUCUUCGGUCUUUCUCAACAAUAAACCACAUGGUAUGGGCUCGCAAUGUGACGGCCAGGAACAAUACCAAGCCUUCAGAAUGGUAUAAGAAUGUUGAUUCAGUUACUCAAGAAAAAUGCUUUGGUACAAAUAUUAACAGGAACUUCGCAUAUCAUUGGCAAGAUGAUGUUCACAAAACUCCAGAAAAUUGUUCCCAGUACUAUCCUGGACCAAAACCAUUCUCAGCACCCGAGUCCCAAGCCCUCCAAAGAUACAUUCACAAGCUCGGAGACGCUAUAAAUUUUGCUAUUCACGUUGAAGGAAGUUUUGUCCCAAAAAAGGAAUACAUUUUAUACCCCUGGCAAUACACGCUAAGACCACCAAGUAAUGGAAGGACCCUGCAGGCUAUUGGUGAAUACGCGGCACGUCAAGCAAGAUUACCAGAUGGUCGGCUUUACGAGGUUCAUCAGAACAGUAACGAUGGUCGCGUUGCGGGUUCUCUUACCGAUUACAUUUCCGGCGUUUUGGGAACUGAAUUAGUUUUUCUUGUCAAGCCUUAUCAUCCUAAGUAUCCCAAUAUUUCUGAUACGUUCAUACUAGAAACAUACGUCAAGAAAACGAUAACAGCCUUGCUGAGUUUAGUUCGAGGAUGGCGAAGUAGCACGAAACAAAAUACACUUUCAUUCUUUGGAAAGGACGUGGAGUUCUAG